GUUUCACAUUACAUUACGUUUGUAAAAAUUAUCUUUUAUUACGAAGACUUUAAUAAGUUAAAUAAUGUCUUUUUUAAACUGAUAUUAUUUGUUUAGUAAUGGAUGAACAAUGGAAUUUAUUACAGGAAAGAACAUAACACAGUUGAUUGGGAAAAAUAAAAAAUUUUAAUCAAAAUUUGUAACAUAAAAAAUGAAUUUGCAUUAUCAAUUGUAUGGAUUAUUUUUUAAUUUAUCGUGAGUGAAAAAAUUACCUAUGUUUAAAAUGUCAUUGAGAAUAAGGUUACUUCGAAAUCGUCCUUUGAGAGUAGUUAACAAUAUUCCUAUGAAAAAUUGGAUAUUCUCUGGCAUUUACAUAUUUUUAUGUUUUAUAUUGUAUUGGUUUUAUGGAGGAAUUUUAGCUCCAUUUUUUCUAUUAUGUUUUGGAGCAACAGGAAUAUUGUAUAAAUUAGAAGACAAUUUUGUUUAUCAUCCAGAAUUACCACCUCAUUCACGAAUUUAUGUACCAGCUCCUUCAACAUACAAUUUACCAUAUCAAACUGUGUACAUUCGUACACAGGAUGGCACUAUGUUACACACAUUUUUUAUCGCACAACCGGGAGAAAAGUCUAAACAAGUACCCACUGUUUUAUUUUUUCAUGGAAACGCUGGAAAUAUGGGGCAUAGACUUGUAAAUGUAUCUGGUCUUUACCAUGAAGUGCAAUGUAAUAUAUUAAUGUUGGAAUACCGUGGAUAUGGUUUUUCACAUGGAACUCCGUCCGAAGAAGGUCUUUACAUGGAUGCUCAAGCUGGCAUUGAUUAUUUAGCUGGUCGGACUGAUAUUAAUACCAAUGAAAUUAUUGUUUUUGGUAGAUCAUUAGGAGGAGCAGUUGCGAUUGAUUUAGCCACUAAAUACAUCAAUAAGCAAAAAAUUUGGUGCCUUAUUUUAGAAAAUACAUUCACCAGCAUUCCUUACAUGGCCUCCCUUUUAAUUGGCAUCAAAUUCUUGGAGCGUUUACCUCUUCUUUUUUACAAGAAUAAAUUCAUGUCACUUAAAAAAAUUCACUCAAUAAAUGUGCCAACGUUAUUUAUUUCCGGAUUAGCAGAUAUAUUAGUACCUCCACAAAUGAUGACGGAACUUUAUAACACGUGUAAGAGCACAUUUAAACGAUUAGUGACUAUACCAGGUGGUACACAUAACGAAACUUGGAAUCAAACUGGUUAUUAUCAGCACAUACAAUCAUUUAUAACAGAACUUAGAAAAAAACCUGAUUUACGUCAGUCAAGUUGCCAUUACCUCAUUCAUGAUAUCUAGUAUUUAUUUUUUAAUUAU